GAAAAGCUGAGUUUUCUACCUCCCCUUCUGUUAUGUUCUGUAUUUGAACCAGAGAAAAGCCACGGACCAAAACAGAACAUCCAAGGAGUUGACCCUGAGAUCUAGGGUUCCUCUUCUCCAUUCAAUUCCUUCACAAUUUCCUUUAUGUUUUGAGUAAGUCUUUAAUCUUCUUUUCCCACAUUUUGUUUUUUUGUUUUUAAAUUUUUAGAACAUCGUUUCGUUGUAAUUGUUCUUGCCAUAAUGAAUAGUAAGUAUUCGGCUAUUUCCAAGGACUCUUAUGUAGAGUUGCAAUUACAUAAUAGUUCUCUAAAUCCACGAUCGUCCCAAAUAUCCCACUUCAAACCGUCAUCUUCUGAUUAUGGAAACGGAUUUGAACUGAAGAAUGCCAAUGAUCAUAAUGCUUUAGUUGAAGAUCUUGAUGAUGAUAUUGAUGGAUACCCCCAUAUAUAUGGUCAAACCCAUAAUGGGUCUGGUAUAUAUGGUGCUAUUUUUAAUUUAACCACCACUGUUAUUGGUGCUGGAAUCAUGGCCUUGCCAGCUACUAUGAAGGUUCUUGGAUUGCCUUUAGGGUUUGUGUUGAUUAUCCUGAUGGGGAUUUUGUCAGAAAUUAGUGUCGAAUUGCUAGUGAGGUAUUCGGUAUUUUGUAAGGCGUCCUCGUAUGGAGAAGUUGUGCAAUAUGCAUUGGGCAGGCCUGCCAGGGUAUUGUCUGAGAUUUGUAUAAUUUUAAAUAAUGCUGGUGUUUUGGUGGUGUAUUUGAUCAUUUUGGGUGAUGUCAUGUCGGGUUCACCUCAUCACAUUGGAGUUUUCGAUCAAUGGUUAGGGAAUGGGAUGUGGGAUCAUAGGAGAUGGUUGAUUCUUAUUGUUGUGGUGGUUUUUCUGGCACCACUUUGUGUGUUGAAUAGGAUUGAUUCUUUGAGCACAACUUCAGCUGCUUCAGUGGCCCUCGCAGUGGUUUUUGUUGUGGUAUGUUUUGUAGUAGCUUUUAUAAAGCUUGUUGAAGGAAAAAUUGAGCCUCCAAGGAUGAGUCCUGAUCUUGGGUCAAAGACUGCGAUUUUGGAUCUUCUUGUGGUGAUCCCAAUUAUGACUAAUGCAUAUAUUUGCCAUUUUAAUGUGCAACCUAUUUAUAAUGAGCUUGAAGGGAGAUCACCUCAGAAGAUGAACCUGGUGGGGAGAAUGACGACUAUCGUUUGCAUUGUGGUUUAUUCAUCAACUGCCAUAUCAGGGUAUUUACUUUUUGGCAAGGACACUGAGUCUGAUGUGCUAACCAAUUUCGACAAGGAUCUUGGGAUCCGUUUCAGCUCUGCUUUGAACUACAUCGUCCGGGUUGGGUACAUUCUUCAUUUGAUUCUUGUUUUUCCUGUUAUUCAUUUCUCAUUAAGACAGACUGUAGAUGCCUUAGUGUUUAAGGGAUCACCUCCGCUUAUAGAGAGUAAGAAGAGGUCGUUGACUUUAACAGUGGUUCUAUUGGUGUGCGUUUACUUUGGUUCUACCAUGAUUCCCAACAUUUGGACAGCUUUCAAGUUUACAGGGGCAACAACAGCAGUGUCAUUGGGUUUUAUAUUCCCAUCUCUUGUGGCUUUAAGGUUAAGUCCGCAAGGGGAGGGUUUAAGUGUUAUUGAGAGGUUUGUGUCAUGGUUGAUGUUAGUACUGGCCAUUGUAGUGAGCAUUGUUGGAGUUAUUGGCAACAUAUACAGCCUCAAAAAAUCUGAUUGACUCUCUUCUUGGCUAUUCCUCACGAUAUUUUGUUUUAUAUUAAUCUGGUGAAUUUUAUACAGUUAGGGGGUGAUAAAUAGCCUUUAUGGUUUUUCUGAUGCCAACAUGCAAAUAUAAUUGGAUACUGAGUUUGCUAAGAAGUCAAAACAAAAGCUGGAAAUUGCUGAGAGGGUGCUCAUGUUACAGAUAUGAUGUGUUUAAUACGCUCUUAAUAGCAGCCCCCAUAAGUUGACUCAGCAUAGCAGGAAUGUUUAACAAGAAAACUUCCAUGGAAGCAUCAUACGAUGGAUGUAAGUUGAUGAAAUAUCUUAUUAAAUUAGCAUAUCGGUAGAGUUUUCCUAGUUCCAAAUAAUUUCCUUCACAUGAACACUGUUAUCAUUGUUAUAAAUGCAGCAACAUCUGUUGAAACGAAUA